AUGGAACGUUUGACGCCUCAACAACGUGUUGUUGUAAAAAUUUAUUAUCAAUAUCAAUCGUCCGUUGUGCAAAUACAAAGAGGAUUACGAGAUAUUUUCGGCCGUAACCAUGUUCCAAGUAAAUCCACUAUUCUUCGCGUAAUUAAAAAUUUUGAAACUCUUUUUACCGCGGCUGACAGACCAAAGAGUGAUCGUCCUCCUAGUGCACGGUCAAACGAGAACAUUGAAUCUGUGAAGAAUAGCGUUGCUGAAAAUCCAGAGACCUCCGUAAGACGUCGUGCUCAAGAACUUGGAACAAAUCGGCAAACAGUUUGGACAAUAAUGAAAAAAGAUUUGCAUUUCUGUCCCUAUAAAGCUCAAUUGACACAAGAGUUAAAAGAAAGUGACCACGAACAAAGAAGAGACUGGAGCACGAAGAUGUUACAGUUGAAUGUUGACGAUCCUAAUUUUUGGCAAAAGUUAAAAUGGUAA